GGCCCUCUGUUUGUGGCACCGUGUCAGUUACAUUGAAACAAAAGUGGUUCCGCGGCCGCCAGGGCCAGCAUCCCCGGCCCGCUCGCCGCCGGCUGUCGCCGACAUGGAGCCCGUGGCCAGCAACAUCCAGGUCCUGCUGCAGGCGGCGGAGUUCCUGGAGAGGCGCGAGAGAGAGGCGGAGCACGGUUACGCGUCCUUGUGUCCGCACUACAGCUCCCGGGCUGUCUACAGGAGGAGGAAGCGACCCCUGCAAACUCCUGGCGCGCUGAACAGUGGGCGGUCUGUGCACAAUGAGCUGGAGAAACGCAGGAGGGCCCAGCUUAAGCGGUGCCUGGAGCAGCUGAGGCAGCAGAUGCCCCUGGGGGUCGACUGUACCCGAUAUACCACACUGAGCCUGCUGCGCCGGGCCAGGAUGCAUAUCCAGAAGCUGGAAGAGCAGGAGCAGCAGGCCCAGCGGCUCAAGGAGAAGCUUCGCAGCCAACAGCAGAGUCUGCAGCAGCAGCUGGAACAGCUCCAGAGGCUGCCGGGGGCUGGAGAGCGUGAACGGCUGCGAGCACACAGCCUGGACUCUUCCGUUCUGUCCUCGGAGCGCUCGGACUCGGACCAAGAGGAUGUGGAGGUGGAUGUGGAGAGCCUGGUGUUCGGGACUGAGAAUGAGCUUCUUCAGAGCUUCAGCCCUGGCCAGGGCCUCAGCUACUCACACGGCACCAGUACCUGGCUAUGACACUGGCUGCCCAGAGCAGCCUUUACUCCCUCUGGACUGAGCCUGCCAGGCAGUGGCCCCACACAAGCCCCAAGGUCUGCUUAGAGCCACUUGGAGGAGGCUACAGAGACCCUUGUGUGGGCACAGGGCUCUCUGGACUCAGCUGCAGAGCUUGAACCCCGGCCACCCUCCCCACUCCCCAGGGCAUUUUAGGUAGCCCUUGGCUCUGCUUUGCUGCCCACCACGGGACAGGAAGCCUGUAGACCUCUUGUUCCUGGGCAAAGCCCCAGGCCUCUGCCCCACAUAGACGGCAAAGUAUUUUCAUUAAAAUCCUCUUUCGUAAGUUCCCGUCCAUGGUUUUGCGUGAUGAGAUGGAGGAAGUCCCAGCCACAACUGGAAAAGAGGAAAUAAGAUCAGUAGCUGCCAAACAUGGUCCUGUGCUGGGCAGUGCGCCUCUAACACAGUGCAGCGGCUGCUGUUUGUGGAGCCGAGGCAGCCAUGUGACUUGCGGGAGGUCCAGAUCCAAACCAAAGCUAUCUGACUCCGGAACUGGGGCCAAUCAAAUCAAGUGUUUAUUGAGUGCCUGUUAUGUGCUAAAUAUUGUUCAGAGAAUAAAACAAGGAGCCCUG